GAAACACUAGCAGGGAUAAGAGGGGGGAGGGAGGCCAACUAAUCGAGUCAACGUGCCUUGGCUUGCCAACAUUUCUUCUUCCCCAUUUACUUACUUACCAAUUGCGUGGCAUGCUUUACGCCCAUCCCCCUCAUUAAUACCUUGCCUUUUAAGCACUCUUUCCUUCCUCGCAAUUCCGAACUUUACACUUCUAUACCUGUCUAUCUCUCCCCUUGGGUCGACUGAUCGAUCUCCUCAUUCUCUCUUGUUCCGGUGUCCAUCUUCGUCUCCAAAGCAAGGAGCAUGCCUCUAUGUCCACGGAGAGGGAGAGACUCGAUGAGAUCGGCAAGAAGAUCAAGCGAGAGCCGGACGCCGCCUCCGCCGCCGCGGGCGUCGUAGUGGCCGUCGCGGCACCGGCCGAUCAGCAAGCCCCCCGCCGCCUAAACUUAGGCCUUGGCGGCGCCACGAACACGGCGACCCCGUGCGCCGCGUGCAAGCUCCUCCGCCGGCGCUGCGCCCACGAGUGCCCCUUCGCCCCCUACUUCUCCCCGCACGAUCCCCACAAGUUCGCCGCCGUCCACAAGGUCUUCGGCGCCAGCAACGUCUCCAAGAUGCUCCUCGAGGUGCCCGAGGCGGAGAGAGCCAACGCGGCGAGCAGCCUGGUGUACGAGGCGAACCUGCGGUUGCGCGACCCGGUGCACGGCUGCAGGGGCGCCAUCUCCAUGUUGGAGCAGCAGGUGAACGCGCUGGAGGCCGAGCUCGAGGCCGUCAGGGCCGAGAUCUUCAAGCACAGGUACCGGCAGGCCAGCGUCGCCGGCGCGGCCGGUCUCAUGAUCGAGGACGUCCAUACCACCGCGGCCGGUGACUUCAUGGCUCCUGCCACGCAAGUGGUACAUGCCUCUGACGUGGUGUCGGUGGCGGAGGCCGGCCAAGAAGUGGCCGGAAUGCCAUCGACGUCCACCACGGUGUAUGCUUCCGGACAACCGUCGAGUACUGACUACAGCUCCCUCAACACAAGUGAGCAUGAUGCAUACUUUGGUUGAAAUGCUUGGAUUUAUUUGCCUUUUGGUGAUUGAUCGAUAUCGCAAUUAAUUAAUUAACUCUUGGAAUAAACUGUGUGCAAGUGUAACUCUAUAUACAUAUUUCUUCUCUAGAAAUAGAUAUAGCUGACGUGGAUAUAUAUCUUGGUUGAGGAAAAGAUUAUUUUUCUUGUAUGUGUUCA